CCUGGUCAGAGGCUGCUCUGCGCAUGUGUGAACUGGUAGUAAAAUGGCUGACGCUGGAGCAGUUGAUAUUAACUCCCACUCCAGAGCUGAGCUGGACACUCUAUACAGCCCAAGUUGCUGGUCCAAGAAGUUAAACCGUGAUGUUAUUGUGGACAACCAUUUAAAAGUAAUUACAGAAGCUACUGAGAAGGUUAGAGCUCAAACGAAGAACACUCUUUCUGUCGUCUAUGGAGACAAGAGCUCUAAUGAGACUCUUGACAUUUAUUAUCCAUGUCACGAGUGCCCUGACGAACAAUCGUUGGUGAUUGUCAUUCAUGGCGGCUACUGGACAUUCUUGGAGAAGGAUAACUAUGGUUACAUGAGUUUGCCCCUGGUCAAACAAGGCAUCACUACAGCUGUCAUCAACUUUGACAAUGCUCCGAAAGGUACCAUGACAACCAUUGUUGAGCAGUGUCGAAGAGCCUGUCACUACAUUGCACAAGCCUUCCCUAACAAAAAGUGUGGUUAUGACAGCUUGUGUCUUAGUUCUCAAUUGCUGUAUCUGAUUGGUCACUCGGCCGGUGCUCAUCUGUGUGCCUGCAUGCUGAGCACUGAUUGGUCCUCUCUGGGACUGAACCAGUUAGCAGUUCAUGGCGCCAUCUUGGUUAGUGGGAUAUAUGAUCUUUACCCAAUACGGAGGUGCUGUGUGAAUGAACCCUUAAACCUGACAGAGUCAGAGGUGAUGGAAUAUAGCCCACAGCGAAAUAUUCCUCAGUUGAAGGCAAAUGUUUGUGCAGAGUUACACUGCCUCCUAUGUUAUGGGGAGCAGGAAUCACCAGAGUUCAAAAGACAAAGCCAGGAGUUCCAUCAGGGUGUUGUGAGUGUGGGUGUGUCCAGCAAUGUGUGUGAGGUGGAGGACGAGGAUCACUUCACCGUGAUCGAGAGACUCGUGGAGGAACAGUUCAGUGUCACCAAACAUAUAUUACAGUUGAUUAAAUCAUGACUGUUGUCUGAUAACCUACUGCAUAUAUAGUUGUUUAUCAUAUAGUCUAUGUAAGAGUUUAUUUUUAUUCUGUAAGUUAAUAUUCAUGAUAAUUAUUGUCUGAUCGGGCCUUCAAUUAAUGCAGGCUUUUAACGAG